CUUGCGGCCGAGGGGAUCGUGGAUCUAUCGAUGGCAGCAAUGGGUGUGGGCGGAGCUGUGAAGAUGAUCUGCGGGACGAAGGUGGAGCGGGUGGUGGGCACGGGUAAGGCGCCCGGCGCGUGCCCGUCCUGCGGCGGCCCCGUGGUGGCCACGGACGUGGAGAGCGAGCGGCGCAUCCUCUGCCUCCCGCUGUGCCUCAAGAGCAAGCGCAAGUACUCCUGCACCCGGUGCUUCCGCCGCCUCGUCACCGUCUACAGCUAGUAGCUCCUCAAGCUUCUUCCGGUACUGAUCUAUUCAUCCGUCGAUCGGUCGGCUAGCGACGUGCGAGGCCAAUCAGUU